AUGCCGGGAUUUUCACAGGAUUCGUCCAGGGUUUUGAGAAAUUCGGGGCGAGUUCUGUUAGCUGACAUAGAUAAACCUUCUCUUUACUUGGUUUAUGAGUGGUGGGAUACCAUGAUAGAGAAAGUGAAGGCAACUAUCUAUAGGAAAGAACACAAGCAACUGCAUGAACAAAGCGACUUUUUUGAUGUGGUGUAUCACAUUUUAGUGGAGCGAUGGACUAAGAGUAGCACACCACUCCAUUAUUUUGCACAUUGUUUAAAUCCUAGGUUUAAAAGUUCAAAAUGGCUGCAAGAGGAUCCUAGCCGUGUUGCUCCACACCAAGAUGUCGAGAUUACAAGGGAUAGAAAAAAGUGUCUUGAGAAAUACUUUUCAGAUGACCGAGCAACAAGAGAUAUCAACGUGGAGUAUGCCUCUUUUUCAAUGUGCUUAGAUGACUUUGGAGCUAUUGAUGCUAUGAAUGAUAGGAAGAGCCUAAGCUACAAAGAAGGUGUUACUCAAAUGUGGGAUAUUGGAGGAGAUGGAUUUGAUAGCUUGGGUGAAGAAGGUGUUGGGAUGCUUGAAAUUGCUAACCUUUCUCUUGAUAAACCAUCAUUGGAGGUUGCUUUAUUUACCAGGAAGAAGACAUUACAAAUUAUUGAUUGA